AUGUUUAUUUCAAAACAUGCGAAUAAUUGUUGUAUUAAGUACGUAACUUUAUCGUCGAGAUGGACCUAUGCAGAGUGCAGGAGAAAUAAAAGCUCGGUAGAACCCAAAACAAAAACAUAUUCUCACACAAUUUUAUUUCCAAAAACAAAGUUUCCCGCACGAUCUAGUCCCCUGGACAAAAAAUACAUUCAAAAGGAUGCAAAGUUUGCCGAAUUGUAUAAUUGGCAGAGAUCGUGCUUAAAAGGACCUGAAUUCGUUUUACACGAUGGACCUCCCUAUGCAAAUGGUGAUUUACAUAUGGGGCAUGCUGUAAAUAAGAUAAUUAAGGAUAUAAAUAAUAGAAGUCAAGUUCUGCAAGGUAAUAAAGUCCAUUAUGUACCAGGCUGGGAUUGCCAUGGCUUACCAAUUGAAUUCAAAGCUCUACAGAAGGCUAAAAAGUAUUCAAAGAAUAGUGAGCCCCCUGACCCAAUACAAACAAGACAAAUUGCUAGGACAUUUGCAUUAGAUACAGUUCAGAAACAAAAGGAGGCCUUUGAGAGUUGGGGUAUUAUGGCUGACUGGGAAAACCAGUGUUAUCUAACAUUAGACAAAAGCUAUGUACAAAAUCAAUUAUGGCAAUUCUAUAAGAUGUAUAAAGAAGGACUAAUUUAUCGGGCACUUAAACCAGUAUAUUGGUCACCAUCGUCUCGAACAGCUCUAGCAGAAGCCGAGUUAGAAUAUGACCCAAACUUCAAAAGCCAAGAGGUUUAUGUAGCAUUUGAGAUGACAAACGUGCCAGAUGCAGUUAAAGAUGCUAUUGGUAGUAAACCAAUAUCUGCAUUAAUAUGGACAACUACUCCGUGGACUCUAGUGGCAAAUAAAGCAAUAGCCUACAGUGCUAAUAUGUCGUACUGUGCGGUCACACUAAGUACUAAACCAGGCCUAUUUUUAGUAGCCAAAGACCAAAUUGAGGAGUUAAAGAAUGUCUUGGGAUCUGAGAUUGAUGUUAUUUCUGAAUUUGAUGGCCAAAAUCUUAGUACUUGUACAUAUAAAAGUCCACUUUCAAACGAGGUUCGGCCAUUUUUUGAAGCGGAACAUGUGACCAAGGGAAAAGGCACUGGUUUGGUUCACACUGCGCCCGCGCAUGGCCCGGAAGAUUUUCUGGUUGCGUUGAAGAAUAAGCUUAACGUUGAAUGUAAUGUGGACGAAAACGGAUGCUACACUAACUUAGGCCCGGAUUAUGAUGGGUUACCAGUUCUGAAGGAAGGCCAAAGAGUGGUUAUGGAAAAAUUAUCAAAAUCCAUCCUUCACCAGGGCGUGUAUAUCCAUUCGUAUCCUUUGGAUUGGAGAACCAAAAAGCCGGUUAUUAUCAGAGCGAGUUACCAAUGGUUCAUCGAUACAGCUGCUCUGAAAGAAAGGGCGUUGACAGCUCUAGAUAAAGUGGAGUUCUUACCCCCGUCUUCCGCUGACCAGUGCAGGCAGAGCUUCAAAGCGCAGUUAGAAAAGCGGCCGUAUUGGUGUAUCUCCCGCCAACGGGCUUGGGGCGUUCCUAUCCCGGUCUUGUAUAAGGGAGAUCAGGUUAUUGUGGAUGAGGCUAUGAUUGAAAAAUUAUGUCAGUUGAUACGGGAACAUGGGGCUGAUGUGUGGUGGACUUGCGGUGUGGAAGACCUCAUUCCAAAAGAUGUGUUGAGUCAAUCUGGUGGACAAGAAACUGUCAAGGGAAAGGAUAUUAUGGACAUCUGGCUGGAUUCUGGUCUAUCCUGGCAAACGUUGGAAGGUCGGAAGUCCAAGGUCUACUCGGAAGGGGUGGAUCAGCUGACUGGCUGGUUCCAGGCGUCGCUGCUGACUUCUAUUGCUCUGAAUAAUGAUGCUCCGUAUGAGUCGAUUUUCGUUCACGGAUUCGUAGUGGACGAGAAGAAGCGUAAAAUGUCAAAGUCCAUAGGAAACGUGAUUGAUCCAGUAACAAUCAUACAAGGGGACAAAAAGCAUCCAGCGUAUGGAAUUGAUACUUUGCGUUGGUGGGUUGCCAGUCACGGAACUCAACAUUCCCAAAUCGUUGUAAGCAAGAAGCUUCUUGACGACUGUCAAGCAGAGGUUAUUAGAAUACGAAACAUUAUGAAGUACCUCCUUGGCGUAAUAGAUGAUAUAGACAACAUAAAUAUUAAGAUAAAUUUAAACUUCUUUGAUCAAUUCAUGGUCAAUGAGUGCCAUGAAUUUUUGUACCAAACAAACGAACAUUAUAAUAAUUUUAGAUAUAAUCAUGUUGCUCAAUCGAUAUUAUAUUUUAUUAGCAAUAAAGUCUCAGCGCUGUAUUGCCAUUGUGUAAAAGAUAGAUUAUAUUGUUCACCAAAAGGUUCCAAAGAAAGAGUUUCAGCGCAAUUAGUGAUACAUACUAUUAUGGCAACACUGUGUAAAACAUUAGGUCCGAUCCUCCCGCACUUAGUUGAAGAGGCAUGGCAACACCACCCUUUAUGUCAAACGCCAUUUCAUUUCACCCAAGAUUUGUCACUUUUGCCGCCUAAUAGCAUCGAAGUGUCAUUGAUGGAUGACAUUUUGAAUUUGAAAAGGGAAAUCUGUGUUCGAAUAAAAAACGAGAAUUUGAAAAAGUUUGAUUUAAAUUUAAAAGUUGAUACUAACUUAUAUCAAAAACUAAAUGAAUUAAAUAAAAAUGAUGGCAUAAAUGAUAGCGUUUUGUGUGAAAUAUUAGAGUUAGCUAGUAUUCAAUUGGAAGAGAAUAAAAAUGGCGGGAAAAGUGAAUUCGCAUUGUCUAUGUCUAAUAAUGGUCAGUGUUUGCGGUGUAGGAAGUUUCAUGUUAUAGAUAAUACUGAUAAAUGUGUAAGAUGCGAGAAAGCGUUGACGUUGUUAUAA